CAGGCAGCUCCGCCCGCGCUACUUCGCGCGCCGAGCGCGGGGAGCCCAUGGCGGUCUGUGAGCGCUUGCGACGCCUCAGCGGCGAUUGGCUCGAGGUGAAGUUUCAGGACAUUCUCCAGAUGUUGCUGGUGGAAGGUGGCAUUGAGGAGAUAUUGCCACACUUGAGGCCCUCCAUGAAGGUCCCCAUGUUGUGUGACCUCUCUGCCUGUGCGCUGCUGGCCAUGCGCUUCUCCGCACGCGUGCUCCUGUGUCGCCAGAGCGUCCAAGCCCUGCGGAAGUUGAAAUCCUUGGCGGAUCGACAACUGCGCAUGGUGGACAGCCCCGAUAGCGGGACCCGCAGGGGCUCGUGGGGCUUGUGGAGUCGCCUCAGUGGCCGCUUCACCCGGGAUGAGACGGAGGAGCCCUUGGCCCCUGAGCUGGCGGAGGCCUCCGCCGAGGCGGCCUUGGCGCUGGGCGCCGAAGCGCAUUGCAUGGAUGGCUUGAGCUACGACCCACGGCUGGUCGUCUUCGAGUUCAUUUCCCGCUUGGUGCUGCGCAAGAAGCAGGUUGCCCUGGUGAGGGCCAUGCAAAAUGCAGUGCAGGACGGAAAACCUUUGGUGCAUCAGAUGCUCAUGGGUGAAGGGAAGACCACGGUGGUGACGCCUUUGGUGAUCCUUCUGCAUGGCAGCGCCACGAGGGCCUGUGUGGUCUGUGUGCCACAAGCCUUGACGGAGUUCACCUGCCGAGUGUUGCGGGAGCGACUCUGUGGAACCCUGGCACGCCCUGUGGUGGAGUUUACCUUCAAUCGCGCCACACCGGUUUCCGACGAUCAUUUCUUCAAGUUGCUGCAUGCGCAGGAUGCACGCGCUGUCAUGGUUUCGGGCCCGACGGCUCUGAAAUCCUUGAUGCUUCGCUUCGUGUUGACCCUGCAUGCUUGUGAUGUGGCGCGCAGCGAGGAGAAGGAACGUUUGGAGGUGGACCGCAGCAGCACCUUCUUGAGCCCCAACAGUUGGAAGAGUUUGCUCCGCUGGCCUAGCUGGUCAAGCAGGGGCGGUGUCACGUCACAAUUGGAGGCCCUGGGAUUUGAAGCUCGGGCCCUCGCCUGGGCGCUGGACGUCUUCCAAGGUGCAGUUCUCAUCCUGGACGACAUCGACCUGUUAAUGCACCCACUGCGCAGCGAGUUGCACUGGCCACUGGGGACGCAGCAUUUGUUGGAUUUCACGGCCACUGGGUCCACCAACACGUUGACCUUGCGUGAGGACGAUCAGCACGAGGCCACCAUCUCCUAUGUGGCUGGAAGUCCUGUGGGUGCCCGCUGGCAAUUGGCCUUCCACCUGCUGGACGGUUUCUUCUCCUGUCAGCAGGGCACGUUGGCCCCGGGCCCUGCCUAUAGCACUGCGCAGCAAGGCGACCCGUGCGCCGCGGCGGUGCUGGAGCGCCUGCGGCUCAGCGUGGCGCGGGGCCUGCGGCAGAAGCAGCUGCAGCAGGCGCCGCAUCUGGUUCUGUUGUCCCUGGAUUUCUACCACAAGGAGCUACGUCCCAUCCUGGCGGACUGGGCCCUGGUGUGGUUCAAAUGCGACGCCACGCGCGCGGCGAAGCUGCGGAGUUUCUGGUGCGACUUAGCCAAAGACCUGGGCGAUGCACAGUUGAAGGCGGUGAAUUUGAUUCGCAGCUGGCUGUCCACGCUGUUUCCCCACUUGGCGUCGCGAAUUCACCGCGUGCACUACGGCUUGCUGGACGAGGGCUCUCCGUCCUGGCCCUCCGAAGCGCCCGCGCGGCGGCAGCUGGCCGUGCCCUUCGUGGGGAAAGAUGCGCCCUCGGAGAGCUCGCAGUUUAGUCAUCCAGAUGUGCUCAUUGGGCUGACGUGGUUGGCCUAUCGCUUCGGUGGAUUGAGACAAGGCGACUUCCGCCGUGCCGUGAAGAGCCUGGCCCGCCAGGGGCGCUUGGAGGAGGCGGAGGACAAGAACCGCGCGCGCCGCAGCUGGGCCCAGUGGGUGCGCCUCAGCGGCGCUCACCUGCGCGGCGCGGGGACUGGCGCGGAGGGCUCCAACGCGACGGCGGCGAAAGGCGACAAGGCUUCGCACAACUCCAAGUCCUUGGUGCUCAGCGACCACGGCGGGAAUGAGACGCAGCUGGUACCUCCACUGGAGUGGCUGGACAGUGGCGAUGCCACGCAACUGGCUCUGGUGUUCAACGUCAUGAAGCAUUCGCCCUUCUUGAUGGAGUUCUAUCUCCACGCCCUGGUCUUGCCCAGUUUGUUGCGCCACGCUGAUGCCAAGUUGUCAGCCAAUGGACAGGACUUGGGCGGUGAGGUGCUGUGCUCCUUUCGCCUGGGCUUCAGUGGCACCCCCAACGAUCUCCUGCCGCGGUCCCUGGGGAAGUGUCGCUACGCGCAAGGCGACGACGCCAAGAUGCUGACCACGCUGAGCGAUCCGCAGGUGGUCUCCGUGUCCUCGGUGGAGGAUGGAUGGAACGCGCACAAAUUGCUGGAGAUGGUGGCCAAACAAACUCCACCGUUGAAUGCCUUGAUUGAUGUGGGAGCUCUGAUUACUGGGUUGAGCAACGAGCAGGUCGCACGGACUUUGCUGGACUAUGGAUUGCCUUUCGAGGCAGUGGUGUUCUGCGACAGUGGUGGUGGACAGCAACUCCUUCGACGUGGUGCUUCAGUUUCGGUGAAGAUGUCAAACUGCACCUUACCACUGGACCGACGAUUCGUCUUUUACGAUCAAGUCCAUACGACUGGCAUUGACAUCCGACAUCCGCCGCACGCCUGUGCUGCGCUGACCCUGGGAAAGGACUCCACCUUCCGAGACUUCGCACAGGGUGCCUAUCGCUUGCGCGGUAUCCGAAAGGGUCAGCGACUGCAGGUGCUGCUGACCCCAGAGGUCGCCGCCCGCAUCGACGAGGAGGUCCUCAUCGCCGCCGACACGGACGCGCAGGCCAUGGCGCCGCCGCCGCAGGUGUCUUUGCUGGACAAGGUCUGUGCCUGGCUCCUGGUCCGCCAGGCCAGCGCCGAGCAGACGCAGCGGCGGCUCUUGUCGCGCCAGGCGGUGCAGUACCAGGGAAGGCGCUAUGCCUACGAGACCUUGGUCAAGAAGAUCCGAACGGGUCAAGGGAUGGAGGCGGGUGGCCUCUUGGACCUCUUCCGAGAGCGCGUGGACUACACCGUGGAGGCCUCCCUGGUGGAUGGCGGCAGCCCUGUGGGCCGUUCCUUACGGCAGCUGGCGGAGACGGUCUCCAGCUAUUUGGACGUGCCCGGGAAGCAGGCGGUGAACGUCAUCGUCUCGGGCAGCACAGACGAUGCCUGGGCGCAGCGCGGAGAGGAGGAGCAAUCGCUGUUUGCGGAGAUGGAACAGGAGCACGAGCAGGAGCUCUUUGCCGAGCAGGAGGAGGAGAAGGAGCAGGAAGAGGAAGAGGAGGAAGAAGAAGAAGCCAACGACACCUCCUCGUUCGGCAGUUUCCAGAAACUGCCUCGCAGCGACGCCCAGAGCGAAUGGCCCUUGGAACUCCUCCGUGUCUCGUCGCGAUCGCGCGAGGAGGUCUAA